AGCACUCAGAGCAGACAGCACCAUGUCCAUCCUCCCUGCUCUUCUCUGCCUUGGGCUGAGUCUAAGCCAGAAAACACACGUGCAGGCAGGGACCCUCCCCAAACCCACUGUCUGGGCUGAGCCAGGCUCUGUGGUCCCUUCAGGGAGCACCGUGACCAUCUGGUGUCAGGGGACCCAGGAGGCCCAGGAGUACUGUCUAUAUAGAGAUGAAAUGAAUAUACCCUUGGACAGACAGAAAUUAAUCAAGCCUGACAACAAGGCCAUGUUCUUCAUCAAACAUAUCUAUCCAGGGAGAUAUUAUUGUAAAUACCUCAGCCCCACUGCCUGGUCAGAAUGCAGUGACCCCCUGGAGCUGGUGGUGACAGGAUCCUACAGCAAACCCAACCUCUCAGCCCUGCCCAGCCUCAUCAUGACCUCAGAAGGGAAUGUGACCCUCCAGUGUGAUUCAUGGCUGGGAUAUGACAGGUUCAUUCUGACUAAGGAAGGAGAAGACAGGCUCUCCUGGACCCUGGACUCACAGCGAGACCCCAGUGGGCAGUUCCAGGCCCAGUUCCCUGUAAGCCUCAUGACCUCCAGCCACAGGGGGACAUUCAGAUGCUAUGGACAUUUUUGGAAUUAUCCUUAUAUGUGGUCUUACCCUAGUGACCCCCUGGAGCUCCUGGUCUCAGGGCUGAGUCUGGGCCAGAAAACCCACAUGCAGGAAGGGCCCCUACCCAGACCCACCAUCUGGGCUGAGCCAGGACCUGUGAUCCCUUCUGGGACCCCUGUGACCAUUGGGUGUCAGGGGACCCUGGAAGCCCAGGAGUACUCUCUGUAUGAUGAAGAAAUGCUUACAUGUUUGGACACACAGAAACCACUGCAGCCCAGUGACAAGGCCAAGUUUUUCAUGAAAGACAUCUCUGCAGGGAGAUAUUAUUGUAAAUACCUCAGCCACAGUGGCUGGUCAGAACACAGUGACCCCCUGGAGCUGGUGAUAACAGGAUACUACAGCAAACCCAGCCUCUCAGCCCUGUCCAGUCCUGUUGUGACCUCAGGAGGGACCGUGACCCUCCAGUGUGGCUCACAGAAGGUAUUUGACAGGUUCAUUCUGACUAAGGAAGGAGAAGACAGGCUCUCCUGGACCCUGGACUCACAGCGACACCCCAGUGGGCAGGUUCAGGCCCUGUUCACUGUAGGCCCUGUGACCCUCAGCCACAAGUGGACAUUCAGAUGCUAUGGAUAUUUUAGAAAUCAUCCCCAGGAAUGGUCUCACCCCAGUGACCCCCUGGAGCUCCUGGUCUCAGAAGUCUCUGAGGAUCAGUUCCACAACCCCAUGGAGUCACAACUUCAAAACUCCUCGGACCACCAGGACUACACACUGGAGAAUCUCAUCCGGUUGGGCAUGGCUGGACUGAUCCUCAUUGGGUUCGAGGUGCUGCUGUUUCAGGCUUUGAACAGUGAGUUUAGGACCCAUGAUGGAACUGAGAUGUGAGCACAAAAGGGACAGGGCACCAUUGAGAGUUGGGGGAACCAUGGAGCCCAUCUGAUGACUCAGGAGGUGCGGAAGGACAGUCUGGAUCACAGGUGGGGAGACUGUCUGCUGAUGUGUCCAGGGGAGAGAACAAGGUUUGGGUGCAGGGAGUGUCUGAGUGCUCCCUGUGCAGGGCUCUUCCUCCAUUAAAUGUCUGU